AUGUCGUCGGGGUGGAUCGGACGCAUCUGGGGGUUGGCUGCGGCCCGAGCUCUGGCUCGAGAGCGGCGCCCUCCCAGGCAGCUUGAUCCUGGCUUCAGCUCAGAUGGAGACACCGGCACCGGUGAUGUCAUCUACCGGAGACAGGAUUGGCGCAAGUCAAUCGACCUCGAGGUCGCUAUGUCCAUGGCUCAUGACACAGCACGUGUGGUUCAGUGUCUGGUGCAGUACGGCAACCCUGAACACAGGACAUCCGUCAUGGAGGAGAUUAAAGAUGAAAUAGUUUCAAUGUGCAAAUCAAAAUAUGCCAAGUUUGUGAUCAGGAAAAUCUUGAAGUAUGGCUCCAAACAACAGCGUAACUUUAUGUUCAAGACAUUCCAUGGUAAUGUUCGGAAGUUGAUAAGGCACAGGGAAGCGGUGGAAAUCUUGGAAUUUGCAUACAAUGACUACGCUAACGCUCCACAGCGCUUGUCUAUGAUGGAGGAGUUCUAUGGACCAAGCUUUACUUUGUUUAAGAAUCACGACACCAAGUCCCUGGAACAGAUCAUGCUGGAACAGCCAGACAAGAAGGACAUGAUCCUAAGUAACAUGAAGGAGGCUCUCCUCCCUCUCAUUGACAAGGACAUAUUGGCUCACUCCAUGGUGCACAAGAUCUUCCAUGACUUCUUCCACUAUGCCACUGACAAGAUGAGAUCAGAAAUGAUCGAGUGUCUCCGGGAGCAGCUGAUCACAAUGAUACACACGCGGGAUGGGUCAAGGGUCGCCAUGAACUGUGUCUGGUUCGGCACUGUCAAGGAUCGGAAGGUAAUUCUCAAGAGUCUCAAGACCCACAUUGCACGCAUCAGCCAGGAUGAGUAUGGUCACAUGGUCUUGCUGGCGAUCUUUGACGUUGUGGACGACACGAAGUUUGUCUCCAAGGUCAUUCUGGAGGAGAUGUUGAAGAGUUUGAGUCAGGUAGCGGAGAACCAGUACGGCCGGAAGGUGUUGCUGUAUCUGUUGUCUCCACGGGACCCACUCCACUUCCACCCCGACAUCGUACACAUCCUGCAGCGUGGGGACGCCAACACCACCAGUAAAAAAGAUGGUCACAUACGUCAUCGGGAGUUGCUAGAUUGUGUGUCCAAACCCCUUCUACAGUACAUCGUUGACAACGCUGCCAACCUCGCCAUCAACAACGCUGCGCUGCUAAUGAUACUGGGCAUCAUCACACAUGCUAAAGGUGACCCCUCGGAUGCGAUGACAGCCAUUGCUAAGAUCGCUGCACAGCCGUUCUCUGCAUCCAAGGGAGAGAACCAGCACAUGGUGGAGCACCCUGCUGGCCACCUGACUCUCAAGAGGCUGAUCCUCAACGACAAGGAGAGGAGCACUGAGGACGAGUGUGCAGUGCUGUUCUCCAACAUACUGCUGUCGGUCCUGGUGGAGGGGACUCUCAAGUCCUGGGCGGCCUGCAACAGGGGCUGCUUCACCCUCAUCAGUCUGCUGGAGUUGGACGACAUUGAGGUGGCGUCCCAGGUGAGGCAGCAGCUGAGCGCAUCAAGAAGUAGUCUAAGGAAGAUGACAUUCAAGGGGGCACAGAUACUGCUGCAGAAACUGGAGGGGAUGUCACCGCCGGAGGCCCCAGAUGAUUGA